AAAUUGAUAAUCGCCAAACUCGAAAUGAAGUCAAUGGUUGCUCUAGGUUUCAGCACAACGAUACAAUUAUCUGCAGCUGCAUCAGCAAGCGUAAAGCUGCUUUCGUCGAUACCCCGUUUUAGCUCUGAAUCUUCCCUGUCGCUGACGGGUAAUAAUUGGCGUCGCCGAUCAGUUGCUUCUGCUUCGUCUGUUCGCGCCAUGGGUUCCUCUGCUUCUUCUCCCAAACCAGAAAACGUUCGAGAUCCGCAGAAAGCCGUUCCGUCGAGUGAUGAAGAAUGGAAGAAGAAGCUCACGCCGGAACAGUUCUAUGUAACUCGGCAGAAGGGAACUGAGAGGGCUUUCACCGGGGAGUACUACAACACAAAAACCCCUGGAACAUACCACUGCAUAUGCUGCGACACACCGCUCUUCGAAUCAUCGACCAAGUUCGACAGUGGAACUGGGUGGCCGUCUUACUACCAGCCAAUAGGGAACAACGUGAAGUCGAAGAUGGACUUGUCGAUCAUCUUCAUGCCCAGGACAGAAAACCUGUGUGCUGUCUGUGAUGCUCAUCUUGGGCAUGUGUUUGAUGAUGGCCCGCCACCUACUGGCAAACGCUACUGCAUAAACAGCGCUGCACUGAAGCUAAAGCCCAUGGAGAAAUGAAGCUUCUGCUAGAGACGUUUGAGAUCGAAUAAUGUCAUUUUGAUUGAUGAAUAUGUGUAAAUGCUGCUGUAAGAGGGUUCUAUAACUGGAAAAGUAGUCUCUUAGCUAUAUUCAUA